AAGAAGAAAGUGAAUUAAGUAGAUGUUUCAAACAUAUAGAUGUACUUUCAAACAAAGUGCGUGAACAAUGUCAAAAUGAAAAGUAUCGUGUUGAACAUAUUAAACAACAAUUAAGUAAACUAGAACACGAAAAUACCCUGCUUAAAAAGCGUUUGGAACAAAGCAAUAUAGAAAACAAUCGUUUGCGAAAAGAAAGGGACAAAUUUAAAAAUGUAUCACAAGAGUAUUGCUAUAAUCGGAAACAUCCUAUCAGUAACAACGAAUUAAGCAAGUCCGACGAAAUGCUGAGUGAACUGAGACUUCAAAUAAGAGCCGACGCUAAACGAUUGAAAGAUUUUGAAAAAGAAAGUAAUGAAAUAAUUUUUUCACUAGAAAAGAAAUUGAAACAUACUGAGAAAAAUUUAUUUCAACGUGGGCGGACAAUACAAGAGUUAACCGAAAAGUUAAACGGGACAAAAUCGACUAGAAAUAUAUAUACCGUCCAAAGGCAUAAAGUAAACAAAGAAAUGUGUAGAUUAAAUGAGGUGUUACAGCACACACUUUCAAAACUUCAUGAUACAGAGAUUGAACUAGAAGAAACAAAAACCAGGCUAAGUAAAGCAAUGGGGGUACGGCUGACAGACAACAAUCCAAAUAUUGCCGAUUUGAGUGAUAGAAAUCGGCCAACAAAACUCGCCGAAAGAUUUACAGAGCUUUAUGAUAAUCAAUGGACAGAUGCGUUUGAAUGCAUAUAUAAAUAUUGUCAUUCAGAGACAAAAACAAUAGACAUCCUUUUAUAUAUACUUCAGGAUAGCAUGACAUUCUGCCAAUUCAAAGAACAGGAACAGAUGCAGCAAUUACAAUGUGCGUUCGAACUGUCAUACAAACAGGUACACAGAAAGUGUUCAAAUGAUUCACCAAAAUCUUUAAAAGACUGUAGAAAAGCAUUAUCAUCGUACGCCAUGAGGAAUUUGUAUGAGAUGUAUAUCUCGCAUAUUAAAGAUUCUGAAGAUCGAGUCCUAAAUAAAGCGUUGGAAAUUGGUUUGUUUACUAAAGAAUGUAUUGAGUUAUGCUGGCUAAUGGCGAUACAAGACCCGCCAAUUGUAUUUGCUGAUGAGUUAAGAAGAGGAUGUAACUUUGAUACAAACUUAUUGAAGCCUUAUACCACCAGUGGUACAUUUGUUGAUUACAUUGUGUGGCCGGCCCUACUCUUGUAUAAAAAUGGACCAGUUUUGGUGAAAGGUGUAGCACAGGGCUACGGAAGAAAAUCCGACAAUCAGCAAAUGCAGUUUGAUAAAUCUAAAGAUGAUAAUGUCUCACGGUUGAGCAAAAGUGAAAGGAAUAAUGAUUCAAGGAAAAUGAACAUUGACAGAAACUCACAAAAAGAUGAAUCUGGAGGGUUCUAUUUUGCAAACAUACCAGGUCAAAGUCAUUUUAAUACAGCCAAAAGAUUUAGUGUCUUUAGAAAAGCAAGUCACAUUCCAAUUGGAUUUGAUUUGGUAAACACUGAGUUUAGCAAAACAAAUAACGAUACAUAGAACAAAAGACACGUGAAACGUUAGAAGUUCUGUCUCUAAAAAUAAGUAAAAAUGUAGAAAAAACAACAAACAAACAUUGUUGGGAACAAGAGAAACGGUAUGUUAUAGACAAAAUAAGAAUACAGUUAGAGGGACAUGCAAGUGAAAAUUGUCUAAAAAUAUGGCGAGCGUUAGUAAAUUGGAUGACAAUUUACAAUACAUUUUACAUUGUAAUCCUCUUAAAAACUAAUCAAUAAUGUUUCACACAUUUAAACAUAUGUAAUAACCUUGCAUACUCUAUUUUGCAUCAUCUGAAUUAUGUAUAUGUAUUCAUAUAAUCGUUUACAUUUGUAUGAUAUAUUUGUUUUGUUUUCCUGUAUUUUUCCCCAGAUUUAAGGGUAAUAUUUAUAUUUAAAACAGUCAAAAAUAGACCACCCUACUAAUCAAUCAUGUAUUUAUUUUAACAAAUCAGUGCAUUUUUAAAAUUCUUGAUAGAUGGUUAGCCAUUUCUGUCAAAUUAUGUUAUUCUUUCCUGUAUAAAUAAAAGGAACACGACCACGCCACUAGUGUAUCUUUAAUAGAUAACUGUUAAUCCAGUGAUAAAAUGAUGUAAACUUUAUAAAAAAAGCCGUAUAGUUGUAACAGUUGUAGUUGACAACCGAAGUUCUUCAUGGUAAAACUAAUCAAUGAUAUCCACAUAUAAACCAUAUAUGUUAUAUUUUUGAUUCUUAAAGAUUGUUCAACAUGGCAUUAUUCCUGUGUUGGUGAUACUAUUAGUUAUUUAUAUUUGACUUUAUCCUAAUUGGGUGGUUCCAGUAUUCCUUACAUGAGUAAUGUUUAAUCACCCUAGGAUAUGUUGCCGGUUUUUUUAGUUUGCCUUUUGACAGCUAUCUGUGAUAUGCAGGCUUCAUUACAUCUGAUCUUUCUCUAGUUCCGCCCAUUGUUUUUUCGUUCAGGCCACACACAUUCUUUUAAAGUACCUAAGGGACCUUGCACCGCUUUUCAAGGAAUGACACUCGCGUGUUGCAUUGAAGGUUCUUAGUUAACCACCGUAUAAACACAUCUGUUAUUGUUGGUUUUUGUUUGAAGCAGCACCACAAACUUUACGGCAAUUUGGCAAGAUUGUAUUUGAUUAAAAUACCUUUAUUUGUUGCAAUACAUCAUAAACAAGAACAAAACUCGGCAAUAACACUGGCGACAGGAUAAAAUUCAUUAUGAUAAAUGAUUAAUGGACUUGCUUUUGUUUGCGGGUUUGCUUACUACUAGUAGCUUUCUAAGUCCAUAUCAUCAAUUCUUGUCAAAUAAAAUGUUGACUACAGAAAUUUUAAAAAAGAUGAGCGUAAAAAUAUUUGUAUGAAUAUUAAUAUAUAACCCGACUGUUACACUAGACCAAAUAAUAAAACAACAAGUUGUAUAACCGGGAUAUAUAACAGGUUUUGCCUGGUGAAUUAAUUUGCAUGAUACUUUAAAUAUGAAAAUAAAGUAAAUUUUCUUGCGUUUUUUUUUUCUUAAUGGCAUAACUCUCGAUUCAAAGAUCAAACCCUCACAAAAGAAGAUAAAAUUUUAUCGCAAUUAAGACAAUCACUAUAACUUUGAAUUACUUUAGUUGAGAAACGUUAGGGUAACCUUUGAACGUCUUUCUUUAUCCCGAUGUACAUCUGCAUAUAAAUUAAAACAGUUGCAACUACUUUAUUUGCAUCGUAUGAGACAUAAAAAGAGAAUAUUUUUGUGUACUAAGUUAUAUACAUGUAUAAUACGAGAAAGUGAGAAAACUUCGUGCUCGUGACAAUAUUGUAAUGUUGUCUUUACUUAGUGUGAUCCAGAGCAUAUUCACCAAAGCAAACAAAUAUUCUCUUUCAUGAAGUCGAUCUGAGCUAGGAAGCUACAAUGGUAUCAAAUCUUUUACUCUAUGCUUACACUGCAUUUCUCUGAGUCAAAGAAGUCAAAUAUCUAACAAUAUAUUGACCUUAACAUUUGGAGAGAGUUAUUAAUACCGGUACAUGUAGUUUCGAAAUCUUAAGGCUUACAAAUUUAUAAUUACUUAGAAUUAUUAGGAAAUAAAUUAAUCAAAACCUUGUUUGCAUUUAAAGAGUAUCUAACAUAUUGUCUAGUGUAUUUGUAAGGCAAAUAUCAACAGUGAUAAUGAUUAACAUGUUUGGAAUAAAUAUAACUUGAUCCAUGUUAACAUGGCCAUCUCCCGCCGAAUGUGUUUGCUCAUUGGAAGAAUGUAUAUGAAGUAGAGCAGAAUAAUUCAAUUUUAAGAGGUCUUUUGGUAUUAAAAACUGAUGGCUGAAGUGAUUACUGAUUUGAGACGUAUAUGAAUACUGAUGACUGAAAAUAACA